AGGUUAGGACAGCCAUGCAACGAUACGUGGAUCAACAAGUUGCAGCCAUGGGUCGAUCUGUGAGAUAACGCGGAUGACGACGUCGUGCAGCCUACCGGACCCUACGUACCGUCGUUCUUUCAUACUUAUCUCACAUGGUACUUUCCUCGGACUCGCCCUCGGAUCACGUUUGUUGACUUGCACCUUCAGCUACACAUGACGAGUUUGCAGGAUGGAUAUGCCUAUCACUGGGAUGAGGCACUCGCAGGAGUGGUACAGGUUGCCCUUCGACUUAACAACAAUUGUGAGUGUGCAUUACUAAGGAUACAAGGCAACAACCCAAUGAUCCAGAUAGAGCAGAGAGAGAUGUGGACCCGGGCACGAGAUGCCUCUCGGUACGUACUCAACACCCUUGGACAACCUCCGCAGUCUGAGUCCUCACAGGGUUCGUCACAUCCACCGUCUUCGGACUAUAGUAGUUGGCGUCUUUCCCCACCUCCAGUUAUGCCGUACGCCAUAGGACCGCACGUCCCUAUGGGACCUCCACCGUACUUGCCGAUGGGACAUCCACCGUAUAUGGGAGCCGGUCCAUCACACGCUACCGAUGCCGAGUUCGUGGGACAGUACUCCGAUGGAGAUACUACCUUCAUCAUGGAGGAUCUAUUUCGAGGCGAGUUCACUAACGAUUUCGACAUCAUUGGGUCAUCAUAGUUGGGAGGGGCCCCGCUACACCCAUCGUAGGACGUGCCUACACAGACCCCCGUGGCUGGCUCACGUCCUCAGCGCGCCGCAGGUUUCCCAGAUCGUUUCACCUACUCCGCAGGUCACGUUCACGCACAUCAGCGUGGAAAGAGGGACCGUACUCAUAGGAGUGGUUAGAUGUGUCCCCAUGUAUAAGUUUAGACGUAGUUGUGGUGGUCGAAUGAGUAAUGGACAUUUAAUAUGGCAUGACAGUGUUCUUUGCUAUUUCUAGUUAUGUUACUUGCAUAUUUUU